AGUAGGAUAUGAAAUAAACAAGAAAACAUGUUAUAUCUUUGUGCCCAUAUUUUACUAUGACUUGUGUGAUAACUUGUGUGAUAACUUUCUUGUUAGGUUUUCACUAUGACUCGUCUUAUGCGAUCGGUAGGGAGGAUAAGAAGGUUUAAACAACUUCAAUUAGUUAGUAUAAUGGUUGUGAUAGUGUUGAUGAUGCAAUGGGUUUGGAAUAUGAUAAGUGUUGCUACAAUUAAGGGUAUUCAAUUGAGGUCAAGGAAAAACAACAAGAAAAGACUACGCUUAAUGGUCUUGAAUGAGUUGAUAAGAGAGAGUGACGUGAGCUGUAGAAAUGAGCUUCGCGUCAAUAGACAUACAUUUGAUAUCAUUUGUGAGAUGCUUAGAGAUGUGGGAGGAUUGAGUGGAACUAGAAAUAUGUCUCUUUAAGAGAUAGUUGCCAUGUUUCUAUACACAUUGGCUCACCAUAAGAAAAAUAGGUCAGUUGGGCAGUUUUUUUUUAGAAGUGGAGAAACUAUUAGUCGACAAUUUAAUCUUUGUUUGAGGGCUUUGCUAAAGUUGCAUGAAUAUUUACUUCACAAGCCAACUCCAAUUUCUGAUGAUUGUGAAGACGAUAGGUGGAAACCUUUCAAUAAUUGUUUAGGAGCCUUAGAUGGCACUUACAUCAAUGUAAGAGCACCUUCACAAGAACGGGGAAAGUAUCGCAUAAGAAAAGGCACAAUUUCCAUGAAUGUAUUGGGUGUUUGUGCACCAAAUAUGGAGUACAUUUAUGUUCUUCCAGGGUGGAAAGGCUCGGCCCAUGAUGUACGUGUCCUUCGCAAUGCUCUAUCUAGGCCAAACGGUUUUAGGGUACCUCGAGGUAACUAUUAUUUAGCGGAUGCGGGAUAUACGAAUUACGAAGGAUUUCUUACUCCAUAUAGAGGGCAGAGAUAUCAUCUAAAGGAGUGGACUGAUCGACAUCCUGAAAGUGCCGAAGAAUACUAUAAUUUGAAACAUGCUAGGGCACGAAAUGUUAUUGAGAGAUGUUUUGGUUUACUUAAAGGAAGAUGAAGUAUACUUAGAAGUCCAUCAUUUUUCCCCAUUCGAACUCAAGGUCGAAUUGUGAUGGCUUGUUGUUUAUUACACAAUUUGAUAAGAAGAGUCAUGCCUACUGAUGAUAUAGAAGAAGGAGAGUUGAGUUAUGAUGAUGAUUCCAACAAUGAUUCUGAUGAUGAAAUGGAGUACAUUACAAGUGUUUCAACUUCAGAUCAUUGGAAAAAAUUUAG